CAGAUGAACCGACUUUAGAGCGAACUAACAAAACUGGCGCGUCUCCACGGGACCGUAACAUAGGCCUGCGGACAUACAAAAACCCUAAACCACGAGCCACCACGAUAUAUAAUUGAGUUAGCUUUGCCACUGGGUUCUUAAAACUCUCGUACUCAAAACCCUUCAACCGUCAAAAUAUCUCCUCAGAACUAGGGUUUUGUGUGUGAUUUCCUUAAAAUAUAUACGCUUCUCUCUUCAGCCCUAACAUGGGAAAGUCUAGCAAGAAAUCCACUACCAAAGUUGAUGUUCCUCCUGUUGCAGCAGCUACAAAGUCUGCCAAGAAAGGUGUCAAGAGAGAAGCUGAAGAUGCUAUUGAGGAGAAACCGGUGAUUUUGAAGAAGCAGAAAGGGAAUGACGGGCUAGCACAGGCUGUUCAGAAGGAGAAAGCUCAAGCUAAGACAACUAAGAAAAUAAAAAAAGAGGAAACCAGUAGUUCAGAUAAGGAUUCUUCAGAUUCCGAGGAAGAACAGAAGGUUAGCGUUGUGGGUAAGAAGGGAGUUAAUGUUGCAAAACCCCCUGUUAAAGACUCUAGUAGUGAAGAGGAUGAUUCGUCUUCUGAUGAAGAGCCCCCGAAGAAGCCAGUAACUGCCAAAAAUGGCAAUAUUUCUGCCCCUAAUAAGACAAGCAAGGUGGCUAGCAGCAGUUCAGAUUCCUCUGAUGAUAGUUCUGAUUCUGAUUCUGAUGAGAAACCUCCAAAGAAGCAGGCAGUUGCUGCCCAACCUGAUAGUAGCUCAGAUUCCUCAGAUGAUUCUGAUUCUGAUGAGGAUCCUAAAGCCAAGAUAACACCAGCAUUGGCUGGAGCUAAAAAUGGUGGUUCUGCUCCUCCAAAGAAGAAAGAUACAUCAAGUGGCAGUUCAGAUGAGGAAUCAGAUGAUAGCUCAGAUGAGGAUGAUUUUAAAGCCAAGGUAACACCAGCAUUGGCUGGAGCUAUAUAUGGUGGUUCUGCUCCUCCAAAGAAGAAGGAUACAUCAAGUGACAGUUCGGAUGAGGAAUCGGAUGAAAGCUCAGAUGAGGAUGAGAAAUCCACCAAAGUGGUUACUGCUGCUGCACCCAAGAAAAUUGCUGAAUCAAGUGAUAGCUCUGAUGAGGAUACUGAUGAUAGUAGUGAAGAAGAUGAGAAAGCAGCUGUUGUGAAGAAAGGAUCUGUUGCAGCUCCAAAGAAAAAGAAAAAGAUGGAUGUUGAUAGUAGCUCUGAGGAGGAAAGCGAUGAUGAGCCUCAGAAGAAAAAGUCCACUGUACCUGUAAAUAAUGCUAAAACUGUUAAAAAGGAAAGCAGUAGUGAUGAGGAUGACUCAGAUGAUUCAGAUGAAAGUGAGGAGGAAGAAGAAGCCAAGACUCCAAAAAAGAAGGACACUGAUGUAGAAAUGGUUGAUGCUGAUUCAAAAUCUAGAAAGAAAGCUCCCCAAACUCCCAUCACUCCUAAAGGUCAAUCAACCGGCCCGAAAACAUUGUUUGUCGGCAAUCUACCUUUCCAAGUUGAACAAGCUGAUAUAGAACAUUUCUUUAAGGAUGCUGGGGAGGUAGUUGAUAUCCGUUUGGCAUCAGAUGUUGAUGGGAGAUUUAAAGGCUUUGGACAUGUUGAAUUUUCUACAGCAGAAGCUGCAAAUAAAGCUCUUGAGUUGAAUGGUCAAUUGUUGGGUAAUCGUGAAGUUAGGCUUGAUUUGGCUCGCGAAAAGGGCUCAUACACUACACCUUAUAGCAGUAAAGAAGCCAACUCAUUCAAGAAGGGAGGGAAAGGUCAAUCCCAAACAAUAUUUAUCAGGGGUUUUGAUUCAUCACUUGGUGAAGAUGAGAUCAGGAGUGCCCUGGAAAAUCAUUUUGGUUCGUGUGGAGAGGUGUCAAGGAUUUCCAUUCCUCAAGAUUAUAAUACUGGUGGUGUUAAGGGGAUUGCUUACAUGGACUUCACAGAUAGCAGUAGUUUCAACAAUGCCCUAGAAAUGAAUGGAUCUGAACUUGGUGGGUAUUAUUUGGUCGUGGAAGAGGCAAGACCAAGGGGUGAUGGCUCAGGCAGUGCUCGUGGUGGCGGCCGCAGUGGUGGUAGAAGUGGUGGGAGAAGUGGUGGUAGAGAUGGUGGUGGCCGUUUUGGCGGUAGAGAUGGUGGUGGCCGUUUUGGUGGUAGAGGACGUGGAGGUGGCCGAGGUGGUGGUAGGGGACGUGGAACAGCUAGUAGGCCAAGCAUGACUGCUGCUAGCACAGGGAAGAAGACAACCUUCAAUGACGGGGAUUAGUAAAGCACUGAGGCAAUUAAUUGUUUUUUUUGGCCCCUUUUUUAAACCUUUAACGAGCAUCAAUAUUUUAUUGUUUUUGGUAGUCUAGUAGAAAGAUUUUGCGCUGUAAGAUUUAAAACUUAAGUUGAAUUUCAUUUGUUUAA